UUGGUUUCUACAUGUACAUUAAAAUGUGGUUCGCUCUUUUGGCCAUGGCUGUCUUCAUUCAUCUCACAUUUGAAGAGAUACUUCAUCUUAAGCGUAGAUCCGUCUUCGAGAGAAGCGAAAUGAGACCAAUGGGCAUGCCAGGCGGAAGAUCCGUCUUCGAAGGGAGUGAAAUGAGACCAAUGGGCAAGUCAGGCGGAAGAUCCGUCCUCCAAGGGAAUGAAAUGAGACCAAUGGGCAUGUCAGGCGGAAGAUCCGUCUUCCAAGGGAAUGAAAUGAAACCAAUGGGCAUGCCAGGCGGAAGAUCCGUCUUCGAAGGGAGCGAAAUGAGACCAAUGGGCAAGUCAGGCGGAAGAUCCGUCCUCCAAGGGAAUGAAAUGAGACCAAUGGGCAUGUCAGGCGGAAGAUCCGUCUUCCAAGGAAAUGAAAUGAGACCAAUGGGCAUGUCAGGCGAAAGAUCCGUAUUCCAAGGGAAUGAAAUGAGAACAAUGGGCAUGCCAGGCGGAGGAUCCGUCUUCCAAGGGAAUGGAAUGAGACCAAUGGGCAUGCCAGGAGGACGACCGUUGGGACAGAACGAGCUGCGAAAUACAAAAUUCGGCGAACAGAAAUAUUACAAAAUGCGUCCAAUGCGAGGUUACUGGUGAUUUGCGGCUCUACAAAAUGUAUCAAACCGGACCUCUCUAAUUUACUCAUGUGCACAUCAAAUCAAAAUAUACCGUUAAAAGGUUGCGAGAUUGUACUUUGCUUUGCCUAUAGUGUCUUGCCAUGAUUCAUACAAGUGGAAAGCUGUCACUUUUGGUUCAAUGUUCCGAAGAUUUGUUCAAAGGUGAAUGAGCUUCGCAUCGACUUGUGUACUGUAAGGCGCAUGUUGAAUAAAUAGCAAAAGUUUUU